UCUUACAAGGGGUGAGGAUCGAACCAUGGUGUAAACUUUAGCUGUCCAACCCCAAACUAAAAAACCCGAUUGAGUACGCUUCGGUCAAAACACAAAACCUCCUUUGCUGAAGAACGACGUCGUAACCCUGCGUAUGCUCGUUAGUGCAACAGUUAUUCAAUUUCAAUCGGCGGCGAUAAAACGAUGUAUCAAUCGAGCUGAAACAACAAUGGAGUUCCGUUCAUCUUAGAGAACAAAACAUACAACUUUCAUUUGGGUACUAAAAUGUCAAGAUUUCGAUCACUUUUACAAGCCUCUUUAAAUGCUACGAAGAAAGGAGUAGACAGUUCUCAUGUGUGGGAUUAGGGGUUGAUGACUGAAUCCAAUAUACUAUAUAGCCUUUCUAUUAUCCAUGGGCUCUCACAUGGAAUCUUGAAGAUUUGAUGCCUCCUGCUGAAAAGUAUAUCUUCAGUUUCAAUUGCAAAGAAGAGAUUAAGAAAUGGCAUCUUUACUCAGAUUCAGAAUAUGGAGGUCUGUCUUCAGCAUCACUGGAGGUAACAGAUGAAGGAGAUGGUUCCAAAGGAUUGUUCUCCGGAAAACUCUCUUUGGAUGUAAUGGAGGGAUCAAAAUGGAACAUAAGUAGAAGUGGCUUUUGUGGAAUGCGUUCCAAGAAGUUUAAUGGCUUCAUCGAUUUGGACUCAUACGACACGAUAGCCUUAAAACUCAAAGGAGAUGGUAGAUGCUACAUAUCUACGAUCUACACAGAGAAUUGGGUGAACUCCCCCGGACAGCAGGAAGAUAAUUCUUGGCAGGCUUUUGUUUAUGUACCUGCUGGAAAUUGGUAUAUUGCUAAGAUUCCUCUAGCUCGAUAUUUACCAACCUGGAGAGGUAAUGUCAUUGACGUAAGCAUGGAGAUGAAUCCAUCUCGUGUUCUCGGCAUGUCGCUAUCAGUUAAUGCUGAAGGUGGUGUUCCCGGUGCUAAAUCUGGACCAGGUGACUUCAGAGUGGAAAUUGAUUGGAUAAAAGCAGUUAGGACUGAGUAAAGUUGUUAAGGAGUCAAUAAAAGCAUUUCUUGUACGAGAACUCUCUUCAAUUUUGUGUAUGCUUCCUCUUACCGUAUGCAUAAAAAAAGAAACUGUACAUGAUUUUGUUACGCGAAAAGCCAACUCUUACCCGAGCAAUAUUUGUCAUUCCUUCUUUUAAAGUUGAAUAUGAGAUAGUUAACUUAGCAAUUAGCAUAUACAUUGGCUGUCUGUUGUCAAAGUUCUGCGACCUAUUGUUAUAUUUUAUUCUCAGUGUUUUUAGUGA